CAAACACUCAACCGUCCCUCUCCGUCUCGCCUUUUUUUCUCUCCUUCGACUUCUUAUCUGCCACCGUACCAAUCCUCUCGUUUAUGCAGUGGUACGGAGGUGAUCCGGCUCAUCAUCCAUCAUCUACACACAAAGCCAAGCUCUUUGAAGUGGUCGAUCCUCAAACCUAAUAUUUUCCAUUCUUCCUGGGCCCUGCUGCAAUGACCCACGUAGGUUACGAACCGACUCCGACUAGGGAUUCACUUGAACUGGACUCGCUGGUCUCAUCGUCAGCUUCUGCGUCACCGCGUUCCUCGACAUCCUCCCGCUCUGGAAUCUCGUCCUCCCGUCGACUGUCGCUUGCUUCUGGCGAUGAGGAUGUUGAACCUGGUCGGCCACGUGCUUACCGCUCCUAUUCCGUGUCCUCUGCUUUUGACUUCAAUACCCAUUUAGUGCCCCUUACCUCAUCGGCGGAAACCCGAUAUCAGCAACUAGGCGUGACCAACACUCCUGGCUCGAAUCCUGUGGGUACAUUAGAGAAGCAAAAAACUCUCACCUACCUCAACGGAUUAUCGUUACUGGUUGGCCUGCAGAUAGGCUCUGGCAUAUUCUCCUCACCUAGCCAGGUCAACAACCAUACACCCUCUCCGGGAGUGAGUCUGAUAGUCUGGGCUGUUGCCGGGUUAUUGGCGUGGACGGGUGCUGCGAGCUAUGCUGAGUUGGGUGGCGCUAUCCCUUUGAAUGGUGGGAGCGGUGUGUAUCUACGGCAUUGUUUCGGGGAGUUGAUUGGGUUUUUGUAUUCAUGGACGGCGGUCAUUGUAUUGAAACCAGGGGGCGCAGCUAUUGUCGCCAUCAUAUCGGGAGAGUACAUUAAUAGGGUUAUCACGGGGUCAUUUACAGCAGACGCCGAUGCAGUGCUCCCCUCGGAAUGGGCAAUCAAACUAGCAGCCUUUUUGUGUUUGUCCUUGGUUACAGCACUGAAUAUGCUUUCGACGAGACUCACCACCCGAUUAUCUGAUUCACUGCUGUUUUUGAAGGUGGGGAGCUUACUGGCUAUCACGGUCAUCGGUAUCGUCGUUGCAGCGACGGGGUUGAACGGGGACGGGAAGGGAGCUACCACUGAAUGGAAGGACAGAGGGUGGUUCGAUAGUAGAAAAGGGGGUGUAUCAGGGCGGGAAAGUGAGUCUACGGUUGGCGGGCUAGGGGAAUAUGCAAUCGCCUUGUAUGCAGGAUUGUGGGCCUUUGAUGGAUGGGAUAAUGUCAAUUUUGUUGUGGGGGAAAUGAAGAAUGCCCAACGAGAUCUCCCCCGGGUGAUCCACAGUGCCAUGCCUGUUGUGAUUGCGUCGUAUCUCCUUGCGAACGUGGCAUACUAUUUGGUGCUUCCGGGGGAAGUGAUUGGGAGAAGCAAUACAAUCGCUGUGGCAUUUGGUACCAAGGUAUUUGGCACAGCUGGUGGUGUUGUUUUUGCCCUGGCCGUAUCCCUUUCCUGUUUUGGUGCUCUCAAUGCUGCCACCUUUACCUCCGGCCGCCUUGUCUAUGUUGCGGGUAAAGAAGGCUACCUUCCCGCCAUCUUCGGCACUGUCCAGUCAUGGAACAAAACUCCGAUAUAUGCUAUGCUACUGAAUUCCUUUCUUACGGCACUUUACAUUUCUGUUGGCGAAUUUGGAACACUGCUCACAUUCUAUGGGGUAGCCGGGUAUACUUUCUAUUUCCUUACAGUCCUCGGCCUAAUAGUUCUGCGCGUCAAGGAGCCAAGCCUUGAAAGGCCAUACAGAACCUGGAUUACCACUCCCAUAAUUUUCUGUUGUGUCAGCCUAUUCCUGAUAUCCCGAGGGGUGUUUAGUAGCCCUCUGCAGUCACUUGUGGUGGUUGCCUUUGUGGUGGCUGGGAUACCGGUUUAUUACUGGAGGGUUGGAGGAUGGAAGGGCUGGAAGUUGCCUUGGAGGAAAUGAAUAAAUGAAUGACCCGAGAUGGUGAGCUAUUUCAUUGUGGAGUUGGGGCAUGGGUGGUGUUUCAAUUUUGGCUUUCGCUCUAGAUAUGUCUUUUACGAGGAACGCUUAUUGUUGGUUUUUUGUAUACUGUAUACUGGACCGGAGGGCAAGUAAAUUUAGGGUGGGUAGAUAUCUUAUGAUAGCUCGAUUGGGCAUAUAUGUUUUUUGCAGGAUGUAAUGUGCGGCGACUGGACGAAUACAACGGCACUGUUAGGUUAGAUAUCGAAUUACAACUUUGCGCUGAGUCGAUUACGAUUCAGUUAUCAUGGU